AUGCAGGCGACUGCCGGACUGUUGGGGACUACUACCGGCAAGUGGGUCUGUCAGAUCAUGGCAGCAGAGGGAGUUAUCGGUGUCUUAGGAAACCUCUUAGUGUGCUACGUCAUCCUGCGCGUCAAGUUCCUACACAACAUGACGAACUAUCUGCUGGUCAAUUUAGCCGUGGCUGACAUGCUGUUGUGUCUGGCAGUAUUUUUCAGCAGUUUGACCGCUGUCCCUGAUUGUAUAUUCAUUGAUUAUGUGCCGGCCAGUUUUGGCGGCAAAAUGCUAUUUUGCAGAUUGGUAGCGUCCGGUUUUUUAACAUGGGCCUUGAGCUAUGUUUCGGCUUACAAUCUCUGUGUGGUAACAUUAGAAAGGUAUGUUGCUAUUUUGCAUCCGCUACAUUAUGCAAGGAAACUCACAGCAACACGGAUGAAAAUCCUGAUAGCCCUGAUGUGGGUGACGUCAUUUGUUUUUUCGGUACCAGUACUCUUUAGCAUCGAACCCAGCGACGAUCCCGAUCGGGCUUGCUCGGCAUCCAAACAUUCUCAUUGGUCACUUUCUGUGCAGUUUACAAAAACGUUUGCAUUUCUCACGGCCUACUUACUGCCCCUAACACUGAUGAGUCUGGCCUACUACAAGAUUCAAGUCACUCUCAAAAGACAAGCUAAAGCCCUGAACCUGCAACACGCAAGGGCAGCAGCCUAUGAUCUUGUGAUAGCUAGACGGCGUCUUGUCAGCAUGCUUACAAUCGUCUUAGGAGCUCUCAUUAUCCUAUGGACACCGGGAUAUAUACAUGUUCUUCUUUGCUUGGGCACAGCGGACGAGAGCCAACUUAGUUUCUGUGGUACAACGAGUAGCAAGUACGUCGCUUCGAUGUCUGCCUUUGCCUUCUAUUUCAACUCCGUCAUUAACCCCAUCAUCUACGAGUUCAAGUACAAGAAAUUCAAGCAAGGUCUUAAGGCGGCUGUUUGCUGCUGUUUUUCUAGGCACGGCAAUAACAGAGUUGACGUUUAG